AUGGAGAUUAAGCUAGAUGUUCUCAUCUCUACGUGUAUCAAGCAAAGAAAACCAUGGCCUCGCAUUUCAUGGAUUGGACAGGAAAAAGAGGCUAUUUUUCUUUUAGAUGAUAAACAUAUAAAUGAGAUUAACCUGGCAUCAGGGAAGACAAAGAAGAAGAUCCCUCGGCUGCAGUCAUUGUUGAAAAAUGUGGUUGCUUUAACAACAUCAAGUAAUGGUGCUUGGUUGGCAGGCGUACUUACGACAGGAGAGCUGUUUCUUUGGAAUAAAGAUCAGGACUGCUUGAAAAUUGUGCCAGCAAUUGAAGAGUCUAGGAAAGUAGUUGCAGCGGCACAAGAGUGUUUAAUGAGACUAUAUUUGUACGUAUCCGGAGAUGGCAGAAAGGCACUAUUAACUACUCCUACAGCAUGUGUCUUUUUGUGGGAGAGCACAGAACAUGCAAAUACAUCAUCUUAUAAAAAUUCUUCUGGGCGUUGGACACAAAUUUUGCCUGAUGAAUCAGUCACGUUGCCUUCUACUGAAGAAAAAGAAAUUGGAGUGCAUGCUGCUUUCAUACAAAACGAGAUACUGGGUGAUUGCUGUUUGUGCUCUUUUGUGUUUUACUGUGGCGAAUGUUUGGUGCUCACAUUUUUGGUUCUUCGAUGGCAUGAAAGUAGCUUUAAAUAUGUUAGGUCUUUGCCAUACCAGAUCCACUGGGUACAGCAGACUUGUUCUCUUGUUAAUUUGGUUCCUCAGUGUGUGCCUGUAAAGUCAAGAGGAGCUUUGCUAUGUGCAUUUGCAAGAGAUGGACUUCUGCUUGCAGUAGCUGUUAAUCAGACUGAUCCAAAGGCAACUCAGAUUUUGUUUUUAAACACAUUGAAUUGUGUAACAGUUUCGGGUAGCCUUAAAGGCUGUAGUAGCAAGACUGGCAUGGUCCCGUCCAAGUUUAUCAGAUCUUACUGGGUUGGCGAUAUGAGUUGGACUCCUGAUAGCCUUUUCUUGGCUUGCAUGUUAAAACGUGGAUCUUUGAUUUUAUUGACAUGUAUGGGUGAAUUGCUGACCGUGAUUACUUCUGGCUGCUCUGUAGAAUUUGGACCAGCAGAGUUUAUUCCAUUUCAUCCACUAAUAACAUACAGGUAAAAGCAGUCUUUUUGUCACGACUCUAGUCAGUCUCUUGGUUCUUCAGCUUCUGAAAGUGACCUUAUGAGACAGAGAUUCUCUGUUGCUUCACAUUCAAGAUUACCCUACCUCAUUGUCUCUGAUGGGUACAUGAUAACAGUGCUUAGAUUUCCUAACAACCUUUCACCAUCAGGAUUUAUAAGAUCCCUUCUGCUUGAUUCAACCCAACGGCUUGAAAAUAUUCGUCAGAAUUUGCUGAACUCCAAGGAUUAUGAAGAAGAAUCAGAUGAUGAGAAGCGGUUUUGCAAUAGCCCUUCCAGCUUUUAUAGCCAAAGAAUCCAUUCAUUUUUUGCUAAAGCUGAUCAAGGCCGCUUAGAAUUUGCAUCAAUGUUUGAUACUAUCCAUGCAAAAGACAGUACUGAAGAGAAGGAUAAAUUAUCAGGGGAACUGUAUUCCAUUCAGAAAAACCUCCUUGCUGCCUGGAAGAUAGGGAUUUCAAAAAAUGUGGAAGAAAAAGAUACAUUGCUGAAUUACACAGUGAACUGCAUUAUCCAUUUUUUCAACAUUCUUCAGUUUGUGAAAUGUUCUUUGCUAAACCAAGAUGCAUCUUUAAACAAGUCUGUGAAAAAUACUCACUGGAUGCAUUGUGUCUUACAAUACUUUAAGCAGUGUUUAACUGUCUUGUACUGGCAUUCAAGAGCCAGUCUGACUGGGCACGUGGCAAAGUUGACGUUACAAACUUUAAAACUGGUGCUCGUACAGCAACAAGAUCAGUUGUUCUCAAAAAACCUUUUGGCAAGCUUCUGUCUUUUGAAAAUGGUUUCUCACACUCUAAGUAGUGUGUGCGUACUACAGUAUGAGAAUGUUUUUGCAUCUCCUCAUAGUAAUAGUCUUGUGGAACUUGACUCUUUCACUGUGCCUGUUUUCCUAUUUCUUGAUGACAGUACUUCUCAGCAAUUCAGCUCACUGAAAUCUCUGCUUAGAGAGCCUCCUCGAGCAGUAAACCAUGAUGCAAAAACAGAAAAAAGGUUGAUUGUACUGUGGCGAUUAUUGUAUAAGAAAGUGGUUUGGUAUCAGGUGCAGCUGAAUAGAAAGGUGAACAAGAAUGCAGAAGAAGAGUCUGUUGUCUCAUUGCUUUUAAGUCAUGUUCAAGCGACCCUCCAGUCUUCAGGAUUGACCUUGGAACAACAUUUGAAGAUUAAUUCUGUAUCUGGUGAGGAGAAGUUCCUUUUAGGCUCAUACAGGGAAUCUGUGGACAUUUGGAAAAGAUCUCUUUGUGAAAUCAAGGCAAAAGAUACCAAGUAUUUUCAGCAUGAGCUAUGGAUGGUAACAGAUGUUCAUACUGAAACCGCUAUGGCUGUGAUUCGAUCCAUGGCACGAUUCAUGGCCGCUUAUUUCACAAAUCAGCUGCUCUAUAUCUUCCCCCCUCACAAUGUUGACACCCUGCAUCCACUUCACAUCAAACAAGACUUCUGUCCUCGUAUUAUUCCACUGCAACGCUCUUUGGUUACCAGAGCCAUUAGGGACCAGAACCUUUCAUCUGUGUGGACAGCUGAAUAUGCUCUUGAUUUGUUCUUUAUUGGUGGACUCAUUCCAGAGGCUGUGUGGUUAACACACAGAGUUGGGGACUGGAAACUGUCUGUUUCAAUUGGUGUGGCCUAUCAGCUGUAUUGUCAAAACUCUGAUGAAUUCUCAAGACUGAAAAACACAGAGCGUCACCUGCCAUUAAGCUUAUCACCAAUGCUGACUUUUCAGGAAAAGUUACAAUCUUUGUUAGGACAGCCAUUUACUUCUGAAACAUCAGGAUGUAUUAAAUACAAGCACUUUACAGAUCCCAUUGAAGAAGAAGAUGCAAAUGUUCUUUAUAGUUCAAUACAGGAACUACUGAAAGCAGCUGUUAUGGCAGAUGCUGAUAUUCUCUCAGAGACAUUUCAGCUUCUACUGGAUUCUGCCAAGGAUCUUAGCAGAAAAUUGUAUGGCUUAGUUCCAGAUGGGCUUUAUCUUCCAGCACCACCAUUAUACUGUCCUCAGCCAGCUUAUCUCAGUGAA